AAAAGAGAAACAUACACACAAUAAAAAAUCAAAAAAGAAAAAGCAUCUCACAAUUGUCGGAGUAGUGCGUACAACAUUAUUAUUUGAGUGCAGAGGCCGAGACUUUUGUUCCUUAAAAAAAAAAAAAAAAAAAAGGAAAAACACAUUAAAUAUUAUCCCAAUCUCACGUCCUCCAUCACUCGACUUCAUAAACCCCUGUUGCCUCUUUCUCCAAAUUUGAAAAAGAAUUGAUCAUUUUCAUCCAUGGCGGAUUCUGUUAUGUUCAACGUUGCUACAAAUAUUAUAACCAAAUUGGGCUCUUCGGCCCUUCGAGAGCUUGUAUCGUUGUGGGGAGUCAAUGAUGAGCUCGACAAACUUCAAAAAACUCUUUCGACCAUUAAAUCGGUGCUUCUAGAUGCAGAGGAGCAACAAUCCAUGAGCCACGCAGUCAAAGAUUGGAUUUCAAAGCUUAAAGAUGCUUUCUACGAUAUUGAUGACUUGGUUGAUGAGUUUUCUUAUGAAACCUUGAGAAGACAAGUUAUUGCUAAAGAUAGAAGAAUCACCAAACAAGUACGUAUCUUCUUCUCCAAACCUAAUCAUAUUUUAUUUGGUUUCAAAAUGGGUCGAAAAAUUAAAGGAAUUAGGGAGAAGCUAGAUGCUAUUGCAGCUGAUAAAGCUCACCUCCACCUUUCUGUGCGUAUGAGGGAGAUUCCAGAUAAUGAGUUAAGGAAGAUACGAGAGAUUUCCUCUUUUAUUCUUGAGGGAGAAGUGAUUGGUAGGGAUGAUGAUAAGAAGAUUGUUAUAGAUUUUCUAUUGGAUACAAGCACCAGAAAGGAUAAUGUUGAAGUGGUUUCAAUAAUUGGCAUGGGAGGAUUAGGAAAGACCGCACUUGCUCAAUCUGUCUAUAAUGAUGACAAGAUAAACAAACAUUUUAAGUUGAAAUUAUGGGUGUGUAUUUCUGAAGAAUUUGAUGUCAAAGUAAUUGUCGAAAAGAUAUUAGAGUCUAUCGAAGAAAAGAAACCUGAGCCCCUUCAGUUGGAUAAAUUACAAAUUAUGCUUCGAGAGAAAAUUAAUGGAAAAAAGUACUUGUUGGUCAUGGAUGAUGUGUGGAAUGAAAGCCAUGAAAAAUGGAUUGGUCUAAAAAGAUUUCUAAUGGGUGGUGCCAAGGGAAGUAGAAUUUUGAUCACAACACGUAGCCAACAAGUUGCACAGACUUCUGACACAGUUUGGUUUCAUCAUUUAAAAGAACUUGACAAGGACGACUCUUGGGUUUUGUUUAGAAAAAUGGCAUUCUUGAACGAAGAAGACGAGCUUGAGAAUUCGAAUUUGGUCAGAAUCGGUAAGGAGAUCGUAGGAAAGUUAAAAGGUUGUCCUCUUGCAAUAAGAGUAGUUGGGCGUCUGUUAUAUUUCAAAAAUACGGAAAUGGAUUGGUUGUCAUUCAAGGAGAAUGAACUUUGUAUGAUUUUGCAACAAGAAAGUCAAAUUCAACCAAUACUAAGGAUCAGUUUUAACCACCUUCCAUCAAAUUUGAAGCAAUGUUUUACGUAUUGUGCUUUGUUUCCCAAAGAUUAUGUGUUUGAAAAGGAUGAGUUUGUUAAACAAUGGAUGGCACAAGGUUUUAUUCAACCACAUACAAAGAAGGCAACUGAAGAUAUUGGUGAUGAUUAUUUUAAUGAGUUAGUGGGGAGGUCAUUCUUUCAAGACGUAAGAAAAAAUAAAUGGGGAGACAUCAAGAAGUGCAAGAUGCAUGAUUUGAUGCAUGAUCUUGCGUGUUCGAUAGUAGAAAAUGAAUGUGUGGUUGUAAGUGAUGGUAUUGGAUCCAUUGACAAAAGGACUCGACAUGUCUUAUUCUCCUACAACAAAAUGUCAACAUUAUCAAGGGAACUAAUUGUACCUAAAUCAUUCACUGAGGCAAAGAGUUUGCGAACAUUGGAUAUGAAUUUAAAUAAUCCUUUUCUUUUUUCCAAAAAACCUUAUCAUAUUAAACUUUUUCGAUUGCGAACAUUGAAAUUGUACUACUUUGGUAAUCAUCCUCCCAAGUUUAUUGAUAAAUUGAAACAUUUGAGAUAUCUUAAUCUUUCUGGUUUGAGUAUAAACUUUCUUCCCAAUUGUAUUACAAAAUUGUAUAAUUUGGAAACACUUAUCCUUUGCAACUGUCCAUGUCUAAGAAAAUUGCCUAGAGAUAUUAGCAACUUGAUCAAUCUUAGGCAUCUUGAUAUAUAUAAAUGCCGCCUAUUGACUCACAUGCCAAAAGGGCUAGGUGGGAUGACUUGCCUUCAGACAAUGAAUUUGUUUGUAUUAGGGAAGGAUGACGAGGGUGGUGACUUAAGUGAAUUGAAUGGGCUUAAGAACUUGAGAGGAUCAUUAUCUAUUAAAGGAUUGCAAUUUUGCACAGCUACUGAUGUCAAUAAUGCAAAAUACUUGGAAGGAAAGUCUGGAAUCCAAAAGUUGGAAUUACAUUGGGAAAAGCAUAAAAUUGAUGAUGUCUCAAAUAAUGAAGAUGAAAGGAUUUUGGAGUGCUUAAAACCACAUUCAAAUAUUCGCAAAAUGCAUAUAGAAGAAUACAGUGGAAUGAAAUUAUGUAAUUGGUUAUCUUCUGAUUUCUUGGGUGGAUUGGUGGGCAUAGAGCUUACGCAUUGUACAAAGUUGGUGCAUCUCCCUCAGUUUGAUCAAUUUCCAUAUCUCAAGCAUCUUUGUCUUAUGAACUUACCCAAUAUAGAAUACAUUGAUAAUAACGGUUCUAUUUCUUCAUCAACUAAUUUCUUUCCAUCCCUUGAGAAACUAAGAAUCCAUGACAUGCCUAAGUUGAAAGGUUGGUGGAAGGAGGAAAUCCCAUCAAGAUAUGCUCAAUACAGUGCCUCCCUUCCAAUAGCUUUACAUCACCUUUCAAAAUUAUGGAUUUCUCGUUGCUCUCAGUUGGCUUCUUUUCCACAUCAUCCACCUUUGCAAUCAUUGUCAAUAAGAGGUGUCAGUGUGCAACUUUUUGAUAUGGUAAUAAGAAUGGCUACAAACCUUACUGCAGAUUCUUCUUCUUCUUCAACUCUGUCUAAAUUAUCUUUUCUUGAGAUUGAAAAUAUUGAUCUUGAAUUUCUGCCAGAGGAUUUAUUCUGCAAUAUGAAAGAUCUCGAGUCCCUUAACAUACGAAGUUGCAAAAAUUUACAAAUGUCUUCUUCCCAUUAUGUGGAUAGCGAACUGUUUUGCAAACAACUUGUAAAUCUCCGCAGACUUAUUCUUUGGAACGUCCCCAAAUUGGAGUAUUUACCCAAAGGUUUGAAAUAUAUGACAGCUCUUGAAUCUUUGCGGCUAAUACAUUGUAAAAAUUUAGUGAGUAUUGAAGGGAUUGGCCAACUCACUUCACUAUCAAGUUUGAGUAUUCAAGAGUGUGCCAAAUUACCGUUGUUGUCGGAAGAUGUCAGCCAUCUCAUGUCCCUAUCAAAGUUGUUCAUUUUGAGUUGUCCCAAUUUAACAUCGUUGUCAGAAGGAAUCGUUUACCUCACUUCACUGUCAAUUUUGUGUAUGGAAAAUUGUCCCAAGUUAACUUCGUUACCAGAAGGAGUUACUCGCCUCUCUUCACUGUCAAUCAUGAUUGAAGGUUGUCCUAAUUUAACCACGACUCCUUAAUUAAGAGGAGGAUUGAGAGUUUAAACUGUCGAAAAUUGCGGAAGGAAAACAAGAAAGAAAAAAGGAUAAGACUAUUCCACUGAAUAGGUGAUUUAUUUAUUUAUUAACUUUGAAAUCGCGAAAUAUAUACAGUGAGGAUUAUUUGAAAGGUGAGAACAGUUUACUUCAUACUGUAUCCCACAACUAGAAGGAAUUAGAAGGGCACCAAUUAAGAUAACAAAGGAUAAAAGAGGAAGAUAGAAGGCUAUGUGAAAGUAGUUGGAGGCUCCUCAAGUGAUUUGCUACAAAUGCUUUUGCACCUUCUUCUAAAUAAAGGUGGAGAAGGCCAUCUGCUCUAUAUCAGAGGCAGGUGGAGGAUGGAAAGAGAUUAACCUACAGCAUAAAGUAUAUGAAUGAGAUGAUAGCUCGGUACCACCUUUAAGAAUUUUUUUUUUUUUCUUUUCCUUUCAAGUAAUGCUCUCAUUAUUUUUAUUUUUAUUUUUAUUUUUUUGAAAGAGAGUAAUAUUGUAAGUUGAUAUGUAUAUGUUGUCUACUACAUAUUAUUAUUGAUAAUGGAGUUUUUUGCUAUUUCUGUAAAUAGUUUGACAUUUUUUCUAUAUGCGAAAUUUUUUA